CCCACACUCUAUACAGUUCAGAAAGGACAGUAAAAUUAUGAUUAUAUAUUGGACAAUCUUUUUGUUUUACGCCAAUUUGGGUUGUGUACUUAACAAGGAUGUAAUCCAACCAGACCCUGUGAUAGUUACACAACUGGGACAAAGUGUAUCUCUCACUUGCUUUUGUCAAUCUAAUUUGAUGGUCAGGGUCUAUUGGUUCAAGCAAACUGUUGGACAGAAGCCUCUUCUCAUGGCAUCAUCAUAUUAUCGCACUAAAACUAGUUUUUAUUCCAAAAACUUUAACAAAGACUUUACUGAGACUAAACGUUUGAGUGUGAAGAGAGGAUUUGACAGCUCUAACCUGAGCAUCUCCAAGACAGAGUCAGGGGACUCAGCUACAUACUACUGUGGUGUUAUGGAAGAGGGCGAACUCAAAUUUGCAGAAGGAACUUCUUUAAUUGUCAAAGGUUCAGAGUCCAACAGCAUGUCUGUGCUCCAGCAGCCUGUGUUUGAGUCAGUCCAGCCAGGAGACUCUGUGACUCUGAAUUGUACAAUACAUACUGAGACCUGUGCAGGAGAACACAGUGUCUAUUGGUUCAGACAUGGCUCAGGAAAAUCCCAUCCAGGAAUCAUUUACAACAAUGGAGACAGGAGAGAUCAGUGUGAGAAGAGCCCUGAUGCUGGGUCUCAUACACAGAGCUGUGUCUACAACCUCCCCAAGAGAAACCUCAGCCUCUCUGAUGCUGGGACUUACUACUGUGCUGUGGCCUCAUGUGGGGAGAUACUGUUUGGGAAAGGGACCAAGCUGGAAAUGGACUAUGGUUGUAAGAAGGAACGUGUUCUCUUGGUGUACUGCGGUGUAGCGUUGGCUCUGUGUGUCAUCAUCAUCAUUGUCCUUGCUUGUGUUAUGUAUAAGAGUACCAAGAAAACCUUUCUGCUGUGCAGUGGAACGCAUCCUCAGCCAAGUGGUCUGACAGUCCCCAGUUCUCAUGACCAGGAUCAAGAAGAUGAUGACACACUCAUGUCGGUCCAUUACGCUGCUCUGAAUAUCAUCCACAAGAAGCCAAAGACCCAGAGACAGAGGAGUGCCAUGGAGAGAGACACGGAGUACUCUGGGGUGAGGUGCUAAAACAUGGACAAAACACUCCUCUAAGACUUGCAUAGCUUUUUCUGUUAAACACUGUGUUUAUAUCAUUAUAAUUGUGUUGCAAUUGCUUAUAUUCUGUCUAACUCCUUUUUACAUUACUGUUGUGAUACUGUUGCUCAUUUUAGAUCAAAUAAAACAUGAAUUCACUGUCA